AUGGCGGAUCGACUCGGCGAUCUCAGAGCUCCUGUCCAGGACAAAGACCUUGUCUACAACCUUCUCCGCGGACUCAACCCCCACCCGCACCCAGCCAUCCCGCACAUCACCAAAUGGAAGAUGAUGUCCUUCCUAAAGGCUCGCUCCUUCCUCAUGUUAGAGGAAUUUUGCCUCGACGAGACGACCAAGGUUCAAGCCGUGGCCGUGUUCUUCAGUCAAGCCCGCUCCAAUGCAUGUCCUCCUUCUUCCGGCACCCCCACGCCUCCAUCCAGCUGGCCAUCCUCCGGUAACACCACCCGCGUAGAUAAUGGUGUCAAGAAGAAGAACAAGAAGGCGGCAAUGUCCUCUGGCGACGUGGCCUCCACUUUAGGGAACCAGCACGCGUCCUCCUCGGCGCCCGCGGUGACGACCUUCUGGCAACCAGGGUUUAAUCCAUGGACUGGCAUGGUCCAGGCAUGGCCUAUGCCCAUGCCUCCGAUGCCAUUGCCUCUCGCUCCCGGUGCUGGCGUCCUCGGUCCGUGGCCUAUCACUCCUCCAUAUCAAGCCCACACCGCCCAGGCCCUGCUUUCGUACCCAACGCAGCUCGACCCUCAGCUCCUUACGGCGCUCUCUGAUCUCUCCACCAACCCACCAUCUUCAUCGGGCGGCGAUUGGUACCUGGACACGGGUGCCUCUUCUCACAUGGCCUUGGGCUCUGGUAAACUCUCCUCCCUCUCCCCUCAUUCUUCUUCCUCUUGGAUUGUUGUCGGUAAUGGGCAUUCUCUACCUGUUACUCACACUGGCUCCAUGUGUAUUCCUACAAAUCAUUCCCCUUUGCAUCUUCAUGAUAUUCUCGUCUCACCACAUCUUAUUAAAAAUCUGAUUUCCAUCCGCUCUCUCACACGUGAUAAUUUUGUCUAUGUUGAAUUUGAUCCGUCUGGGUUUUUUGUUAAGGGUCUGGAACCAAGAAGGUGA